CGCAGUGGGAAAUGAAUGGAGGAGGAACAGGUGGUGUGUGUUGAGGAGGUGUGUGAAACUGGUGGUGUGUGUUGAGCUGGUGUGUGUGUUAGGUUGAUGGCCUGGUUCAGAAGGUGUGUGGUGCUGCUGCUGCUGGUCCAGUGGGUGAAGCAGGAAGAUACUGGAGGCUGGGGUCGGGAGUCCAGUCUGAAUGAUGAAGGUGAAUGCAACAUUGAAGUUCGGGAUGUGAAUUCAAUCACACACACAGAGUUUAUACGGGAAUACGCAUACACUAAGCCUGUGAUACUGAAAGGAGUCACUGAUAACACGAAAUUCAGAUUACUGUGUUCCAAGGACAAUUUGCUGCGAGAGUACAGUAAAAAAACAGUCCGACUGAGUACUGCUAACACACACUCCUACAGAAAAGUGGACGUGCGGUUUGAGGAGUUUGUGAAAGUCCUGUUGACCCCUCAGUCUGAAGAUACGCUGGGCAGCGAUACGCUGUAUUUCUUUGGUGAUAAUAACUUUACUGAGUGGAAUUCACUGUUUGAGGAGUAUAAAGCGCCACCUUACGGAUUACCUUACACUAGCCCUGCCUACAGCUUUGGAAUUGCAGGUCCAGGUACAGGAGUGCCUUUCCACUGGCACGGUCCUGGCUACUCUGAGGUCAUCUACGGUAGAAAGCGUUGGUUUCUGUAUCCUCCUGAUCAUUCUCCUGAGUUCCACCCAAACUACACCACCCUGUCCUGGCUCACACAGUCUUACCCCCUCCUGGAGACGCACAACAAACCACUGGAGUGUACCAUCAGACCAGGAGAGGUGCUGUAUUUCCCAGACCGUUGGUGGCACGCUACACUAAACCUGGACACAAGUGUUUUCAUCUCCACCUUCCUGGGUUAAUUUCUGUCAAACUGUCAAAUUCUUCAUUCACUGACUUCAGUCAUAAAGGACCAAUCACAGCUCCUCGUUUACUGACAUCACCCUAAAACAACCACGGAAUGUUCCUCAAUCAUUGACAUUACUCCAGCAGGACCAAUCAGGGCUCUUCAUUCACUAACAUCACUCCAGAACGACCAGAGAAUCCUCCUCAUUCACUAACAUCACCCCAGAAAGACAGAGCUCUUAAAUUACUGACAUUUCCCAGAAGGACCAAUCAGAGCUCCUUGUUCACUGACAUAACUCCAGCAGAACCAAUCAGGGCUCUCUAUUCACUAACAUCACUCCAGAAGGACCAAUCAGAGCUCUUUGUUCACUGACAUGCUACAAUGAUCAGUUUACUGUAUUGAGUCUAUUUCCAAAAAAGGGAUUUUAGGAAGUGAAAUGAUCUGUCAGUAAAGUUUUAAUAUAAGUAAUAACUUCCUUAAUAAAUGCUAAAAGUACCAGAAACACUGCCUACUGUAAAUGUAUUUACCAGUGUAGAUGUGUUUGGUGGGCAGUUUUUAUAUGUUGAAAAGAAGGUCAAAUCAAAUUGCUUUUAUUAAUAAAUGUGUAACAAAA